GAGCUCGCGCAUGGCUUUCACUGUGCAAAACGAGGGAUUUCGCAGCUACGUCUACGGAUCUGUACUGCACAUGCCACGCGCUCUCGUAUUUUUCUUUCAGUUGCGAGCACUUACCCCAAGUUCGGGCAACUUAUUGCCCAUCACGCACAUCUGAGCCCGUUAAUCGCGCUUUAGCCGUACUGUCCUGUCGCGUCUCUUCUCUGAGCAUCUGCAAACUCUUCCGUCUCGUGGACCGAGGAGGCACGAGCGGGCGCAAGCCGUGCUGGAUAAGAGCGGACUCUCUGGUGGACAUGGUUGAUUUGGGAGCUGUGGAGGUCUGAAGCUGAUGUGACUGGAGCAGGUGGUUGUGUGAUCUGGUGUAGCUCUCCUGGUCCUCUGUUAUUUAGUAGACGCGGGACAGUAAUGGACCUCCAUCGGACAGCCUUCAAGAUGGAGAACGCCCCCUAUGUGCCGAGCCCGCUGACGUCCCCGGCCCUGAUGGUGCUGGCAUCGACAGCCGAGGCCGGUCGCGACGCCUCCGUCCCCUGCCAACCCCCACGUCCGUUUGGGGUCCCCGUCACUCUGGAGAAGGACAUGCACCUCCCAUUCCCCACUGGCUCCUACACCUUCACCUCCUUGUACCACCGGCAGGCAGGGUUCGCCCCUCGAGAGUUCCCCUCCUCCCUGCUCCACCUGCACCCGCAGUUCGCCCCAGCUAACCUGGACUGCCCUCCACUGAGCAUGCUCCCCCACGGAGGGGUGGGAGCCUUCCGCCCGUUCCCUUCCUCAGUGGAGGAGCGCGACAGCGCGGGUUACCACUCCGCCUUCCUCCCCACCAAGCGGCUGAAGGGGUGUGUGGAGCCGGAAGCAGCGGCACGUCUGCACUUUGCGGAUGUGGAGGGGAAGGAGUUUGACUUUGGUGGGAUGGCCCAUGCAAACUCGGGGUCUCCCAGUGCUCUGAAGACAACUGAGGAUCCUGGAAAGAGGCAGUUUGGGGUUUCGGGGCUGCUGGCAGACGGCGAAGCCUCCUGUAGCCCUGAGGAGUACAAAGAGCGAUGUAAACUGAAGGGUGUGUGUGAUACCCAGACUCCGGUCUGUCCUGUGUGUCAGGACCUUCUGCGCCCAAGUGAGCUACAGGAGCACAUGGAACACGAAAUGGAGCGGCUUACACAGCUACACCUGAGUCAGAGUCCCUCCCAGACGCAGUGUGCCCCAGCAGGGCUGCCAAAGUCUGUGUUCUCUCUUCACAUCAAGCGAGAAGGCGGAUCGUGCGGGUCAUCGCCCCGCCCUGCCGAGGAGGCCGUGCACUCAGACAGGUACCAGAUGUUCUUGCGUGUACGAGCGAACAGACAAACAAGACUCGGCGCUCGUAUUGGGAAGAUGAAGAGGAGAAAGACUGAGGAAGAACAGAGAGACAGCGUGUGUGCUGUGGAGAAUGGGUCUCUUGGAGCAGGAGCAGAUGAGUAUGGAUGGAGUGAACACAGGAGAAUGCACAUGGUGUCCAUUCUGAGGGGCUUCAGAGGUUUGGUAAGUAGCACAUCAAAGGAACCCCACGACAGUGAUGUGGAUCUGGAUGUGGAUGGAGAUGAUACUCUGAGCUACGGCAAAGCACAAUACACAGAGACGGAUGUGAUCCCACACUGCCGAGACGUGGAGGAUGGAGAAACCGUGUUUAAUGGGCAUGCAGCCAUCAGGGUGUCUCCAGAAUGCACAAAGUGGUCCACACCAGACUCUUGUAAGAAGUCUCUUGUGUGUGAAGAUACUCCAUCUACUAGUAGCGAGGGACACAGCAAGCAGGACAGCAGCUUGUCUCCCACAUGCAAGAGCUGUGAGAUAGAGAUGAUGUGUGAUGACUCACUCAACACACUGGAAGCCCUGAAGACGCGGAUCCGAGAUCUAGAGAAGCAGCUGACACGUGGAGACCGAAUCAAAUGUCUCAUCUGCAUGGACUCGUACGCAGUGCCACUCACGUCCAUCCAGUGCUGGCAUGUUCACUGCGAAGAGUGUUGGCUGCGUACGCUGGGAGCGAAGAAACUGUGUCCACAGUGUAACACUAUCACAUCGCCAGGGGACCUCAGGCGUGUUUAUUUGUGAUGGAGACCUUGGUGCGGCUGUCCUGCCAUUUGCCUGUUUGCACUCUGACUGCUCUUUACGUUCAGGAGAGUUCAACCAUUCCCACUUAGGCUCAAAGCACUUCUUGUCCACCUAGAACAAAGAGCUUGGCAACAGAACGUGGACUAUUUGGAUAUGGACCACUGGGUGGCACUGUCCCCAGCACUCAACCUCCUAUUUUUGGAUUUUACUUUAAUGUUUCAUCUCCAGGCACUAGUGAUUAUCCUGUUUAUCUGUGUAGUGGUACCCCAGGUUUUAAGACACAACAUGUUUUGUUUUGUUUUUUUUGUUUUUUUUUUGCUCUUGGAGCAGAUGUGCAGUGAUGUUAAAGUUUACAGCAUAACACAUUCUCUUCCAAAAAUAAUGGCACAAACAAAAUCAUAACGCUUUGUGAAACAGCCACCAGGUUCACUAAUGCAUAAAAAUGGUAGUAUGGUUAAGAGAUGCAAUUCUCUCUCUCUCUCUCUCUCUCUCUCUCUCUCUUUGUCUUCUUUCCCCUCUCUCUAUUUUGGUGUAAAUGUGAUGUUAAAUGGAAAAUGUACUUUUAAUCACUUGUACUUAUUUACUUUCUUUACUGUAAUUUAAUACGUUUUUUGAAGAGGAUAUAACUUUGAACACAAGCAUUGAGAUGCACUCUGUAUGUGUUGUCAUAGUAUUUCCAUCAGCAUCAACAAUUUUAAUAUAUGUGUAAAUGUAAAACAAUAUUUUAGAUUACAAGGGCCUGAAUACAGAUUUUAACUAGCUGUUAUUAAAACAUUUUAAUAACUUAUUCCAACAGUGUAAGGUUAAAAGUUUAAAAGUGAUUGUUGGUUUUCUAUAUUUCUAACAGUGACAUAAAAACCAACUUUAAAAAAAACCCCCAAAAAACCAAAACAGCUCAUCUAGAGAAAAACGGUCUACAGUGUGUGUGUGGGGGGGGUGUUAACACAUCACAAAUUAAGAACAUGGAGAAAUUGUAAAGGGUUUUUAUUUCCUUUCUAAUGAAAUGAUUAUCCAGAACUCUGCCUUGAUAAGAGAUAAGAGCUUAGAAUUAGAUCUCAAGGUAAACGCUGUUGUUUUUGUGUUUGUUUGGGUUUUUUGGUGUUUAGCAGGCUUUGUAGUUAAGAGGUUGCUGGGUAUAUGGGUGUAGUGUUAGUAUAAGAAGGA